UUCUGGGCUUUAUCUGACUCGCUGUAGUAAUUCCAGCGAGAGGCAGAGGGAGCGAGCGGGCGGGCCCUCGAGGGUGGAAGAGCAGAGGCAGCCGAGCGAGCGGAGUCGCGCUCCGGGCGCCCGGGGAAGGGAGAUCCGGAGUGAAAGGGGGGCUUCUGCGCCUCGGGCCCGGCCGCCCCCACCCCACCCUUCCCGCCGACCCCUGCCAGCGGCCCGCCAUCCGCGCCGCAUCCGCGAAACUUUGCCCACUGCCCGCUGGAACUUACAGCACCCGAGCGACAACGCGACUCUCCGGACACGGAGAGGCUCUUCUGCCUAUUGGGGGAGUCACUUUUCCCCGCCACUGCCCACGACCCGCGCCUCUGAAAGGCGCUCCUCGCCGCUUUUUGGACGCUGGAUUUCCUUCGGAGAGUGGAAAACCCGCAGGCUGCCGCGAUGCCCCUCAACGUCAGCUUCGCCAACAGGAACUAUGACCUCGACUACGACUCGGUGCAGCCUUAUUUCUACUGCGACGAGGAGGAGAACUUCUACCAGCAGCAGCAGCAGAGCGAGCUGCAGCCGCCUGCGCCCAGCGAGGAUAUCUGGAAGAAAUUCGAGCUGCUGCCCACCCCGCCCCUGUCCCCGAGCCGCCGCUCCGGGCUCUGCUCGCCCUCGUACGUCACGGUCGCGUCCUUCUCCCCCAGGGGAGACGACGACGGCGGCGGCGGCAGCUUCUCCUCGGCGGACCAGCUGGAGAUGGUGACCGAGCUGCUGGGAGGAGACAUGGUGAACCAGAGCUUCAUCUGCGACCCCGACGACGAGACCUUCAUCAAAAACAUCAUCAUCCAGGACUGUAUGUGGAGCGGCUUCUCGGCCGCCGCCAAGCUCGUCUCGGAGAAGCUGGCCUCUUACCAGGCUGCGCGCAAAGACAGCGGCAGUCCGAGCCCCGCCCGCGGGCACAGCGGCUGCUCCACCUCCAGCUUGUACCUGCAGGACCUGAGCGCCGCCGCCUCCGAGUGCAUCGACCCCUCGGUGGUCUUCCCCUACCCGCUCAACGACAGCAGCUCGCCCAAGCCCUGCGCCUCCCCCGACUCCGCCGCCUUCUCGCCGUCUUCGGACUCUCUGCUCUCCUCCGCCGCGUCCUCCCCGCGGGCCAGUCCCGAGCCCCUGGCGCUCCACGAGGAGACACCACCCACCACCAGCAGCGACUCUGAGGAAGAACAAGAGGAUGAUGAAGAAAUUGAUGUUGUUUCUGUGGAAAAGAGGCAGCCCCCUGCCAAAAGGUCAGAAUCGGGGUCACCCUCUGCCGGAGGCCACAGCAAACCUCCUCACAGCCCGUUGGUCCUUAAGAGGUGCCACGUGUCCACCCAUCAGCACAAUUAUGCAGCGCCCCCCUCCACUAGGAAGGACUGUCCCGCCGCCAAGAGGGCUAAGUUGGACAGUGGCAGGGUCCUGAAACAGAUCAGCAACAAUCGCAGAUGUGCCAGCCCCAGGUCUUCGGACACCGAGGAGAAUGACAAGAGGCGGACACACAACGUCUUGGAACGCCAGAGGAGAAACGAGCUGAAACGCAGCUUUUUUGCCCUUCGUGACCAGAUCCCGGAGUUAGAAAACAAUGAAAAGGCCCCCAAGGUAGUUAUCCUUAAAAAAGCCACAACCUACAUCCUGUCCGUCCAAGCAGAGGAGCAAAAGCUCAUUUCAGAAAAAGACGAGUUGCGGAAGAGGCGAGAACAGUUGAAACUCAAACUUGAACAGCUACGGAACUCUUGCGCAUAAACUGACCGAUCGGAGGGAGGAACUGGAAUGAAUCCCUCAUGAAAUUCUCAUUUGUUACUAAGGGAAAGUGAGGAAGAAGAUUCCUUCUGACGGAACCCCCGACGUAUGAACUUUCUGCAUAUGCAUGACCAACCUCACAACCUUGGCUGGAUCUUAAGACUGAAAGGUUUAGCCAUAAUAUAAACUGCCUCAAAUGGGACUUUGGGCAUAAAAGAACUUUUUUUAUGCUUACCAUCUUUUUUUUUUUCCUUUAACAGAUUUGUAUUUAAGAAUUGUUUUUACGAAAUCCUGAACUUUAUCCAAUUUUCCUUUGUAAAUAUAGCCAUUAAAUGUAAAUAACUUUAAUAAAACCUUUAUAGCAGUUAUACCAUAAUUUUUUUAUUUAAGUACAUUUUCCUUUUUAAAGUUGAUUUUUUUCUAUUGUUUUUAGAAAAAAAUAAAAUGCCUGGCAAAUAUAUAAUUGAGCCAGAUCUUCAGUUGUGA